UGUACAGUUGAGGUUGUUUGUGUUGCUUUUGUUUUGUGUAAUUGUGUCCGCCGGGCAGGGGAGGAGAGGACGGCGGGUUUUCAGAAGGAAACGGAAAUAUGUGAUACCUGAGGAAACACCAUCUGAGGAUGUAUUGAGUCUACCUAAAAUUACACAUGAAGGCUGGGUCGACCCAUGUUUCUACUUUAACAUGGUCUCAAUCCUACAAGUAUGGCAGGAUGCUACAGUUCAAUUCCCCAACGCCAAAGUGAUGAGAAGUCUGUUUAUCAACAAAUGCUUCUCCUCGCCCACAGUCUGGGACAACAGAUUCGCCGACAGAAACAGACAGCCCUUCAUCAACAUUGAGAGCAACUCACCGAAAACUAGAGACAAGGUGGCGAAGGCUCUUGCAGCUCGUAUCAAGGGUCAGUUUGUAGAGAAUCCUCCGAAGUGUUUGAUGCCUGCCUGGUACAUCUACAGAUCUCCCCAACACGAGCUACACAGAGUGUACUACGCUCUGGGACUGUAUGGGAUGUCCCAUGCAGUGAAAGUACACUGGGUGAAACGACCUGUGGUUAUGACUGGUUACUGGUUUGAUCGGACCACAACCACACUCGCAGAUCUGUUUGAAGACUCUCCUCUCCCUCCAGAGACUUCCUCUGUCUACAUGUUCCCCAAGGAUUUGAUGAAGCCGGACUUGACGAUAUUCCUGGACAUGGGAGAGCUGGCUGUGGAGGAACUAGAGGACCCCAACAUCAGUGAUGAGAAGCCAGCUGGUUGGGUGUCCAGAUACACUAAUAUUUUCCGGACAUUUCCUACUCAGCUUAAAAUACAAUCUUACACAUGGAGUGGUGAGAGUGCAGAAAAUGUCACAGAAUCUCUACUGCAGAUGAUUCAAAGUCAACUUGGAAGAAGCUUGGAACAACUGACUGCAAUUAAAUAACUAUACAAAGGUU